AUGAAUGAAUGGGGAUAUGCAAUAGUAAAAGAGGAUGAAAACAUUAAAGUAGAAAGUACGUUUGCAAGGGGAGAGACUUUUACUUCACAAAUACUAAGACUUUAUGGGUGGGAAGAGUGGGUGUCAAUUAGCUGCCUUUGCAUUGUGCUUGAUAUUCUUCCGCAUCAACACAAUCCUACAAGUCGGCAUUUUCAAUGCAAUUCAUGCAUUCAAAGCAGUGGGGCCAAUUUGAAGCCGGGACAAUGGAAGAUGAAGCAGCAUUACACUUCACACUUAACUGAAAUAUUUUGCCCUUUUAUCAAGAAAUUUAAUGAGGACGAGUUGUCAUGUGAAAUGAAUGAUUUCAUUAGGUUAUUGACUUUCCUCUAUCUCCAGCUCAUUCAUUUAUCAAUGCAUCAAAGUACAGUUAUGGAAUCAGUUAAAGCUCCUCACUAG